ACAUUAAAAAAAAAAUUACAAAUUUAAACAUAUAUAUCUUUUUGUAUUUAAAUUUUUCUUUUGUAAGAAUUUCAAUUCCUAAAAAUAUUUUCACAUAUUUAUAGUAUUUACACAUAUAUAUAGUCGAUUAAUCCAACUAAACUUCAAGUACAUGGUUUGACUAAUUGAUAAUUCGGCCUUAUCUAUUGUUGUAAAUGGAAUUUUUAUUUCUAUACAUGGGUAAACAUAUAAAUCGGUUUUAAGUCCUUAAGAAGGUGACAAGUAUUACAGUGUUAAUUACCUUAAUCAAAAAUUUAUAUGGUGCAGUGAUAACCGACCGGUAGCAUUUUCCAUAUUACCAUGCAUGUCUCCCAUUAUAAUGUGGGAGAUAAUUAACAAAAUACAAAAUUUUGUACAAAUAUACAAAUUUAUUUAAGUAGAGAAAUUACAUUUAUAAACGUAAUGUUAUACCUUCACUUACUAUGGUUUUCAUGUUUGAAUUUCUAAGGAAUGAAGCAAAAUUUAUACAAGACUUUAUCGCAAAGGUAUCAAAUAAACUUGGUGUUGCGCAGUUAAACAUUUCAGAGGACCUUUUUGGUAUGGAUUCACGACUAGAGAAACUAAAUGUUUGUGUUUGUGCUUCAUCAUUGGAUCAUGUUCACUUUAUUGGAAUUUGUGGGUUGGGCGGAAUUGGGAAGACAACUCUUGCCAAAGCUUAUUAUGAUUGGACGUCUUCUCAAUUUGAAGGUUGCAGCUUCCUUACAAAUAUUAGAGAAGUUUGUGAAAAGAAGGAAAAUGGUCUUGUGUAUUUGCAAAAUCUUCUCCUUUCAGAUAUUCUAAAUGGUUUGCCUACAGAAGUAAGGGAUAUUCAUAAAGGAAUGGACAUGAUAAGAAGUAAGUUAUGCCAUAAGAAAGUACUUGUUGUCCUUGAUGAUGUUGACAAAUUAGACCAGCUAAAAGCAUUAGCUGGGAAAAAUAAUUGGUUUGGCUCUGGAAGUAGAAUAAUUGUAACUACUAGGGACGAAAGUCUGCUUCUAAGUACAUAUAUAGAGUGUAGAAUAUAUAGAGUUGAGGAAUUGAGUUAUAGCGAAGGUCUUCGACUUUUUUCUCACAAAGCCUUCAAAAGUACUCAUCCUUCAAAGCAAUAUGAGAAGUUGUCUAAACAAGUGAUAGCUUUUGCUGACGGUCUUCCACUAGCUUUAGAAGUACUAGGUUCCUUUUUAUGUGGAAAAAGUGUAAAUCAAUGGGAAAGUGCUUUGGAUAGGCUGAAGGAGUAUCCAAACAAGGAGAUUACGAAAGUACUUCAAAUCAGUUUUGAUGGACUUGAGGAAAUAGAGAAAAGUAUUUUCCAAGAUAUUGCAUGUUUCUUCAAUGGAUUUGAAAAAGACAAUAUUAUUCAAAUUAUGGAUAGUUGUGGUUUCUUUCCAGAAAUCGGGAUAAGAGUUCUUAUUGAUAAAUCUCUCCUCCAUGUUGACAAUGAUAACAAAGUUCGGAUGCAUGACUUAUUGCAAGAGAUGGGAAAGGAAAUUGUUCGGGCAAAAUCUCGCAAUGAACCAGGAAGAUGCAGUAGAAUAUGGAAUUAUGAUGAUUUAUGUCAUGUUUUAGAGCAUAACACGGGAACAAAAGUGGAAGCCAUAGUAUGCUGUUUUCUAGAACCGAAGAAACUGGUUUGCGAUUUUGAAGCCUUCUCAAACAUGAAGAAGUUAAGAUUGCUCAUUCUUCAGAAUCUUGUCUUGGAAAUGAGAGAUGGUCCAACACUGAAUAUUGAACAUCUUUCUAAAGAGUUACGAUUCCUUAGGUGGCAUGAAUUUCCUGCCAAAUAUUUGCCAUCAAAUUUCCAACGAGGUGGACUUGUUGAAUUGAAGUUGUGGUUGAGCAAACACGUUUGGAACAACGCUAUCAAGUAAAUACCAUUAGAAUUUCUUUCUUGUUCUUUGCUAAUCUGUUUUGGAAAAUAUAUAUUUUGUCUGACGAAAUAACUAAAUUUUUUUCUCUUUUCAAUACAACAGCCUUUAAACAAUUUGAAAACCAUCGACAUAAGUUAUUCAACAAAUUUAAGAAAGUUUGAAGACUUUGGGGUGGUUCCAAAUCUAGAGAAGUUGAUUCUUGUAGCUUGUGUAAAUCUAUCGGAGAUUCACCCAUCCAUCACACUUCUUGAAAGGCUUACUAUCUUGAACCUGAAAGCUUGCAUUCGUCUACAAAAUCUUCCAACAAGCAUGGGUAGUCUGAAAUCUCUCAAAGUUCUAAACCUUGAAGGUUGUGUAAGCCUUACCAACUUACCAGAGGACUUGCGGCUUUUAAAUAGUUUAGAGGAGCUCAAUUUGAGAGGCAUUUCUGUAGAAGACAGAGAUCUACCAUCUUCCAUUGCACUUCUUGAAAACCUUAAAACACUAUCUUGUUGCGGAGGACGACAAUGGAACAAUAUGAUGAAUAUCAUUGUUGGAAGAGGUCUCUCAUCAUCGGCUGGUCUUUUUUCUUUGAAAAAGUUGGAACUAGUCAGCUGCGGUCUUGGGAAUGGAGCAUUUCCUGAAAAUUUUGGCUGCUUAGUUUCUUUAGAAUAUUUAAACCUUAGCAAUAAUGAUUUUUCUCACCUACCUGUCAGUCUCAAUAAACUAUCCAAGCUUAGGUUUAUUGA